AUGCGACGUAGUUACACAAUGUGUGCGACGGCAUCACGGUUUUUUCGGCAUGGUUGGUCCGCGAAACCGGCUUGUUCCACGACAGAAAUGGAGUUGCCGCCAAGACGACCUACACUUCCCUCUACUCAAUGUGUCGCCAAUCUGUCUACGGUAUCCGAUAGGAGUCAGCCUGUAGGCGAACAAACGAAUUAUGCUCCAGAUGAUCUAGUACCAGGUCCGAGCAUGUUGAAACGGAUUGUAUCAGAGCUGGAAAACGUUGGCACAACAUUCAUUCUACCAGUUACCGAUUCCGAGGCUAUGCAACAACUGGCCCAACCCCUACGGUCCCUAGUAAGUAUUGGUGUAAAACCAGAGUUUGUAAUCGAUGCAUGUACAAAGAAUCCAGGAUUGUUCCGGAAUCUCACCACAAAAGGCGACGAUGCUUGGCAGGUGUGUAGAUCUGAUUUCAAGGGUGAUUCUUCAUUGACGAGUUAG